AUGCAAGUUAACAUCGUUCCCGUCGGUAUUGGGGAGGACGCUAAAUUAUCAGAGUUAAAAAAGAUGGCAACUAAAGAUGGCACAGCACUUCACUUUGGAGAAUACGAGUCACCCGAGACGUUAGGGACAGCGGUCAUACAAGGUAACUUGGAGAGGUUUAACAUUUCUUUACGAACCAAACCUCCUCAGAAUAAUUAAUUUCCUAUGUUGUGUCGGAAAGAAAAAGAAAGCAUUACAUCCUGUUGUUACAACUCGAAUAGUAAAAGUGUUUUUUUAAACGGUGACGUAAUUUAAAGGCUCUAAUAUCUCCCUCCAUUGGCUUUAUCAUAUUCAUAUUUCACUUUUCGUACAGGUAUCGAGGGAAAGGACAUCUAUGGUGAGGACAGGCCUAUUUGGCAUUUUUGGUAGCUAUAUAAUCAUAGACCGUUGAAGAUUUUUUUCUGAUGAGUUUUGACAGAUUGUCAGCGCUCUUCGAGUUUUCUUUCGAGAGUAUCCAUUCUAAACUAGUGUCUCACUUCUUGUCUUUCAGAGAAAUACAAGGAUUACUUUACGACUCCUUAUUUCGUCUUUUUUCGCGACACGCUGAGCUAUAUCACCCUCCUCGUUCUUCACUUCGCUCUUUGCCUUUCUCCUUCAACUGUUUCCUUCAGUCGACUAGAACGGGUUAUAUUAGUUUUCUUCGUGGGACGCAUUGUAAUGGAGAUGGAGCAGUUUAUCAGUGCUAAAAAGAACGCAGUGAAAGCGCGCAAAGUGAAGAGAAAUAGUGUCGGAUGCACCCCCCAAGAAUGUUCACCUGAGGAUCCACAAGAGAUAAACGAGGCAGGAAAUGACAGCCUUUUGCCAAAGACGUUCAUUGGUUACUUCAGGUAUUUCAUUUUUGAUCGGUUUAUUUUAAUUUUAGAGAAUACUAGAUCCCAAACACGUAGAGGGCAUAAAUCUACGUGACCAGUGACCACAUGAAUUUAACUGACGGAAAAAAGUUAACCAUCUUGAUAAGGUAACAAAAUUGAGCACCAUUGACUGAUUGGGUGCUGCAGUAUAGCCUACUGUUCAUUGUUAAGAGCUGCAUCAAUCAUGAUAAAAUGCACCAUUUUUAAUGCUUGGGUGCAUUAAUAGGGGCCAGUAACAAAUGUUUUGGUACGCCGAUACGAACCCUCGCUCACUGUUUUGCCUCAUCGAUUGGGGCCACUUCACAUUAGUUGGAUAGACCAGCAUGUAAACCAGGAGUCGCCUUCUAGGUAUAAUAAUAAGGGCCACUUUACUUAUUUGAGCACAACAGUAUGAGCAUCUUUUGAUUUUUGGAUACACCAUUAUAGGCCACUGUUAUUUGUUUAGUUACACCAUUACGGAAUGAUAUUCUUUUUUUUAGGUACUUUCAGGUCAUAAAUUAGGUUUUACGCAUGACGAGAUCAUAGACAUUGAAAAUGACCGUACUACCGAGGUUCUCUUUGACAAUCUACAUACUAAAGUUUUAAAUUAAGCUACACGAUAAUGAUUUUGAAACUGACAAGCAAGAAAAAAAAUAAGCGAUUGGUAAACCUACAGUUUAAAUCUUCCAUUUUCAUGGUAAUAAUCUAUUUUUUCAACAUCUUUCUCUGUAGUAAAAGGAGGAACAGCAUGCAUACGUAAACUUAUUCUCUUGCAUAUGAAUGAGAUACGAUCUGUGCGUUGACUACGUUUAUUUAUGCUCUUCUAAUGCAGUUGAUAUCCAUUAUAUUUAUAGUGACCGCUGGAAUGUGCUUGACUUCAUCACUCUUGUUUUAUACCUGAUUACAUUCGUAUUACGCAUGACCACAUUAGGGAUCUCCACUGACGUAUCAGGAAACAGACUCUUGGUUGUGUCGGAGUAUUUCUAUGGUUUUAUUGCCAUGUUUCUCACAAUAAGAGCCUUUGGUCAAGUCAUAGAGCGCUUGCGGAAAAUGGGUACAAUACAAAUCGCCUUAUUUUUUAUCAUCGCUGAUGUCUUGGCGAUAUUUUGGCAGUUUUUAGCCAUGAUUCUGGCUUUUGCGCUGCCCAUGACAAAGAUUUAUAUUGCUGAGAAAGCUUAUACUUCAGGAAGAGAUUCCGCGGAUUCUUUGUGAGUAGAAAUUGUUACCUAGCCAAUAAAUCUUCGAACCCAUAAAUAACAGAUUUUAACUUGUUGUGCUUAUGUGUGUCUAGGCGCCCAAAGAAAGUGACAUUUGGCUAAGAGCUAAUCAAGUGAAAUUUAGUUUUUGGAUGGGAAGCGUAACAGGAGUUUAAAACUACUUACACCGGAGUGCCAGAUUUUCUAUAAAAAGCGAGUUUGUUUUACUAUCUUUGUGACUCUGUGUAAAUUUUAACCAUUCCUUUUCUCCUAGUAUUUCAAGGGUGUGCAGUGAAUCAGGGAUAAUUUGGUAAGAGUAACACUGUUGUUGCUGUUUUUCAUUCCAAAUUUUAACAUCGUGUACUGAUCUUAAAUACGAAUCACGCGAUAUCUUCACAAAACUUGAGUUCUACGUUUUAAAUGCUUCGAAAUCAAUUUUAAUUGACUUUAAAAAAAGUCAGUUGUGAGCUGAAAUUGUGAUGCAAAAGAGGAAGCGACCCAGUAGAUCUAGAGUUACGAGACAAGAAGUAGUUCCGAGUCCAAAGUUAUCCUCUUUGCUUACCAUUCCUCUCGUGGCCUCGCCACUUAAAACUUGCACAAGCAGCCAGCUAUUCAGUUUCACCUCUUAAAAGAGGCACCUGUGACACGAAAGCUUCCAUAACGCGGAUGUUCGGAAACAGCUAUGGCGGUCAUACCGCACUCAGUUGAAAAACUUAAUGAAUGAUUAGUUUAUCUAACUCGUUACUUUUAAAACUGUUCUCUAGUUGGUGGAACAUAGCGACACACCUAAGCUGGUCUUUGCUGGGUUUAGCUGACCAAGAUUGGUUGGACUCCGUCGACGUUCCUUCCGUUUUUCUUGUUCGUCUGCUGUACGGCUUCUUCUUAAUCAUGGUCGUUGUUCUUCUCGUGAACAUGAUGAUUGCUUUGCUCUCCAAUACGUAUCAGCAGGUUCAGGUACUUAACAGAUCCCUGCCAUCACGGAAUUAAUUUAUUCUCUUCAUAAUCCAGAAUUAAGGGAAUAUGGGCUCUUUUCGGCAUAAGAUACUAGAUACUUUUCGUUGAUAAGCUUCUAUGAUCUAUUUUUGAUUAUUGUUAUUAUUUACUAUUAUUUGUUUUGGCCAACAAUAUUAUAAUCCAACUGGUUAAAAAGGUUUCAUAUCGUACCCAUGUUGUUUCUCUGUAAGAAUGAUGAUCAGCCCAAGAGGAGCAGCUCAAGGCUACCGUUAAUACCCUAUUCCUUUUGUGCAGCGCGUCCGCGGUUGGAUUCGUAGUUUUGGAGUUAAAAUUUGAUGAGUAUUUUUGUAAAAAAAAUUGUUUUGGAAUUUUGUUUCUGGUGUAUGAUAGUUUUUCUCCCGCUGAGGGAGUGACGCCUGUUGUUCCUAUUUACUGGUACGUCCUUAGAUGCUGUUAAGUCCCUCUUUUUGUCUCUAUUAGGAUAAUUCACUGCAUGAGUGGUCUUUCAAGAGAGCCAUUAUUGUUAGGACUUACAGUAAGAAUAAUCCAAUACCAGUGCCUUUCAACAUUUUGUCUGUUCCACUGAUGGUGCUCUGGAACAUCUUUUUGGGAAGUCCGUGUUGCACAUCGUUUGACACUCCUGGUUUGGAUGAGGCAGGACGGGUAAGCUGGUAACGCGUGCUAAUCAACUUUUUUUGAGUUUUUAAAAAUAGCCGCUGUUGUUAAAAGUUAUCGUUCAUGUCCGCUCAGUUAUUUUACUUACUAUUUUAUUUCUGCUUUUUAUUUGAAAUUUCUUUGAUUCGACAGAGUAGAACCCUGGAUAAAUUGGUGAAGAAGCUAGAAAGAAGAUACUUUGAGAAGUACGGUUAUGAAUUUCCCCUCACAGGUAGGGUGAUAUGCUAGAUUUGUUAAUAGCCUCGCAUAUAUGAUAAGGUCAUAAAACAAAUUAAAGAAGGUGCGAAGAUCACUUUCAUAGUCCUCUCUUAAUCCUCGGAUCUCGUAGACGAUUUUCAUAUUUUCACAGUCAUUUGUAAUGAUUUUGUUAACACCACUCAAAACAGGCCAAGUUAAUAGGUGGUUCCUAUCUUUGUUUAGAGGAAAGAAAGAUGGAUCACUUGGUGAGACAAAAUGAAGGAGGUCGGAAAAUGACUAAUCAGAUUGUACGGGAAAUAUUCCAAACGUAUGGAAACAAGGCGAAGAAACUUGCGUUUGGCCGAAGAGUGAGUGAUUUUCAGGCCUACAGAGAUUCCCACCACAUUCUAUAGACCUUGCUACAUCAGGAAAUACCUUUGUUAUAUUUACUAUUUUACACAAAAAUUCUUCCCUCGAGCAAGUUAAAUGUGAAACCGGGAAAAUUACUGAGUACACUUUGUGUUGUAUUUUCCUUCUUCCCUUGACGCUUUUGAAGCAGAUUUGGGAUGUGUGUGUGGUUGUAAGUAUUUUGAUGUUUGAUUAUGACAAAAAAAUGUAGUAAAAGAUAUAUGAGCAUAUAGAUAUACACAACUACAUUUGCAGAGUUGUGUAAUUAUUUUUGUCUAUGUCAAUCUCUUUGUCUCAGUUUUGUGAAGGUACUUCAUGUAACUGAAAUUUUGUUCGAUCAUCAUUUAAAGGCGUGGCGUAAUUCGCCAGGAAUUGCUGUGGAUGGCUGCCUCCUAACUUACUUGGGACCUGAUUUCUGCAAAAAAUGCAAAGAUGGAAAGCCUAACAACAUUCACAGUGCCAAAUUCAAUUCUCCCUUUACAGAAGAGACACCACGAUUUGAGGUGAAGUUUUGAUUUACACACACAGACAUACAUACAUACAUACACUCAGACAGACAGACGGAUAUACAUGCAUACAAAAUUACAUUCACAGUUUAUUGUAUAGCCCCUCCCCCUUCCCCCUCCUCUUGGGAGCUCUUCCGCUAUACGAAGAGAAUUAUUUGCGAACAGCAUAUGUCGAUCACAUAGUUCCUGCUACACGGUAAAAUCUCUGGGAAAAGCGACAUAAGUACACCUCUUUUUGACCUUUUUCCUUUUGAAAGCCCAGCUGCUAAUAACUUUUCUUUUGUAGGUGCUCUUACUUGUUUCUAUUUUGGAGAACUAUUAUACUUAGUUUUAAAGAGUGAGCUUAGUGAGGUGUUCAUAGUAGAAAGACGAGACCGUCAUCGUUUUGCAGGUACUCAUUCAGGGGACCGGAGAGAGGCGUAUUAUAGCACUAGGUGUUGUGAAUAAGUCUUUCGACUGUCACAAAAUGCCUGGUUUAAGUAUUGGAACAGUUGGUUACCACGUAGACGAUGGGAAAAUAUUCGAAGGUGGCUGUUCUGAAGUGGGAAGGGAGAUCGAAGGUAUGAGUUACUUCGAUUGCAGGUCACGUAUCUACUCAAAUGUUUACGAAGGUUUCGUCUCUUUAAAAUCUUUGUUAGUUCUCCCCUUGAAGCAAAAUGAAUUUGCCCCUACCUUUACCAGCUCGCCCUUAAAUCUUUCAACUCGUUUUCUGACGGUAGAAUAUAUAUUUCUUCUCUGGGGAAAUCAUGAUACGUUUCGAACAAUGUGUAAUUGUUUUUCCAUGGAGAAGACUAGAGUUCGAAAGCUCGAGAAGUCGCAAUGAAAUUCCAGGCGCAACGACGCAGAAGUGCGAAUAUCAACCUACGAAAUACGUCUGUUGGUCAUUGCUUUAGAAUGUGUGUUGCCUCCUAAAGAAACCGUUUUAGUCUAGUUUGUUCAUAAAAGUAUUUCUUAAAAUUUGCCGCGAACACUAGCAUAAAACAGUGUCAACCAUGCUAGAUAAAGAGCAGAGUAAUGCAGCGGCUUUGCAUUACUUGUUCGGUAGUCGUGCGUCAUUUCACUCGGCUGAUAAUUUGCAUGUUGAUAGAAGUUUGUUAUAGUUUUGCUGUGAAAUUUCAUGUUGAUCGAUAUAAACGAAGAUUUAAAAAAAUAUCUUCUACUGAAGGUGACAAGUUGAAAUAUUUUGGGGGCGAACUGGUAAAGGUGGGGGCCGGAGCUUGUUUUACUACAGGAAACGAACUCAAAGAUGUUUUAGGGACGAAUUGGCAAUGGGGCGAAAUCUCCAGUUCCCGACUUACAAGGUUCUGAUGACGCUUGAAAACGUAUUCAAGGUUUUACCUUCCUCCUUAAUCCAACCUUGCGACAAUAAAUAUCUGAUUUCGCAGGAGAAAAAGGUUCAGAAAUGUUGGUUUGUAAAUGUUGAGGGAUUCAAUUUGAAUUUUACUCAAUGCUGUUACACCUUUGGUUAACUUUGUUUAAUUUGUCCCCUUUUUGCUAUGUUCUAAAUAUCUUAUGUUGAUGACUAAGGAGCCAUGGCUUACCGCGGCGAUCUCAUCGCUUGUGAAGUUGAUUUUAAAGAAGUCCCUGAUGGUAAAAUCUCUGUGUUGUUCUCCUUGAACGGUGAAGAAGUAGGGCGCUCUUCAAUGAAGUAUACCUCAGGACAAACUCUAUAUCCCAUCGUCUCAAUGGGAUUUCCGGGCAUUAAAGUGCUGGCAAAGGUAUGUUCGAAAGAGGGGGAGGGGGAG